AUGUGUGUCUGGGUCAAAAGUACACUUGUAGCAAAUAUGGAUCUAACUCAAGCUGCACUUCUUACCAAAGCUAAAACUUUCGCUGAAGCCUUAGAUAUUUCUGAUUUUAAAGGAUCUCCUGAACUUGAAGAAUUUAUGGCUGAAAGAGAUUUGGCUUGUCAACAGGUAGAACUAAAGUUAAAAAAUGAGUUUGAUGCACUUGACAGUUUAAUUUUUGAUAUAAUGAUAAAUGGUGAAGUUAAUGUUUCUAUGAGUGCAAAUGAAUUUGUUGAUAUUGAUGCAGAUGUCAUUUUUGAAAUGUUAUCUGAUGGAGAUAUAAUCUAUGGAAUUGAGAAUAGAGAUAAUGAUCCUUAUGAAGAAACAUUAAAGCUAUCACCACUACCCAAAGUCACAGAUCAUGAAGCUUUGAAAGCUUUUCAUUUAAUUGAAACGUAUCUUUUACAACAAUCAGAUGAUUUUUGUGCUAUUGAUCAAGAUAGAAAUAUCAUUCGUCGGCUAAGAAAAAAGGCUUCGAAACAUUAUAGUUUUCAAAAGAAACAAGUUAAGAUUACAGGAUUUUUUCAUAAUGAAAAUUAA